CCGCCCCCUUGGGCGGAUAUUAGAGUUGUAAAAGGAGGGGCUUGGAAUUUGUUGACCCGGCGGUGGUCGAAGAGAGCAAGGGAGCCAAGAUGACGCAACUUGUACGAAAUAUUGACGGAAACACGUAAAAUAUGUCGCAUAAGUGGAGGACUCGUCAUAACACAUAGAAAAGUUUCUGGAUUAGGGCAGAAUUAACACAAAGCGACAACGCCACUCCAGCGACAUUCCCAAACAACACUUGACGAGGCAGAGGAGGGACGGCGACUGAGAGAGUGACGCGACACGGUGAAGGCACUCGAGCAAAGGCCACCGGAGAAAAAGCUUCCAACUUUUGAUUGCGAGAGGCAGACGAGUACACCCGAGAGACGGCGGGAGCAUCAGAGAGGCGGGGAUCUUUGGCCACAAGGUCCUGAAGGAUGGAAGAGAAGCAGGUUGCCGGGAUCCUGGACCUGAGAGGCAAGGUGUGAAUGACGGCACCUACAGGGUCCAGCUGAGUAGCACCACUGGAUCACAGCAUCACAUCAUGUCUGAAUCCAACACCGUUGCUGCUCCCACUGCAGACCAGAAUGGAGCCGUUCCAGGUGAGCCGGUGAAGAAGGAUGAAAACUCGCGGAGAGGCAACUGGGGGAACCAAAUUGAGUUUGUCCUCACGAGCGUCGGCUAUGCCGUGGGUCUCGGCAAUGUUUGGAGGUUUCCCUACCUCUGCUACAGAAACGGAGGAGGUGCCUUCAUGCUACCGUACUUUAUCAUGUUGGUCUUCUGUGGCAUUCCCCUCUUCUUCCUCGAGUUGUCCUUCGGGCAGUUUGCCAGCCAGGGGUGUCUGGGAGUCUGGAAGAUUAGCCCAAUGUUCAAAGGUGUGGGCUACGGCAUGAUGGUCGUGUCCACCUAUAUUGGUAUCUACUACAAUGUGGUUAUUUGCAUCGCCUUCUACUACUUUUUCACAUCCAUGACCAACUUAUUGCCAUGGACGUACUGCAACAACCCCUGGAAUACACCGGAUUGCAGUGGCGUGGUGCCCCAAAGCAACGGCAGCAUAGCUAACGUCACUCGCACGAUGGUGGACGGGGUCAGUGACAUCGUCAACCGCACCAAGAGAACCAGCCCCAGUGAGGAAUACUGGAAACACUAUGUGUUGGACAUCUCUGAUGGCAUCGGGAACUUUGGAGAAGUGCGCCUUCCCAUCCUGGGCUGCCUGGCUGUGUCCUGGGUGGUUGUCUUCCUCUGCCUCAUCAGGGGCGUCAAAUCCUCUGGAAAGGUGGUCUACUUCACAGCCACGUUCCCAUACGUUGUGUUGACGAUCCUGUUCAUCCGCGGGAUCACCCUGGAUGGCGCCAUCAACGGCAUCAUGUAUUACUUGACACCUCAGUGGCAGAAGGUCCUCGAUGCGAAGGUGUGGGGAGACGCCGCAUCGCAGAUUUUCUACUCCCUGGGAUGUGCGUGGGGCGGUCUGAUUACCAUGGCUUCGUACAACAAGUUCCACAACAAUUGUUUCAGGGACAGCAUCAUCAUCAGCAUAACCAACUGUGCGACCAGCGUCUACGCUGGCUUUGUCAUUUUCUCCAUCCUGGGCUUCAUGGCUCACCACCUGAACGUGCCCGUGUCAGAGGUCGCCGACCAUGGCCCGGGAUUGGCCUUUGUGGCUUACCCAGAAGCCCUCACUCUGCUGCCUAUUUCUCCACUGUGGUCGCUUCUCUUCUUCUUCAUGUUAAUCCUUCUGGGAUUGGGAACUCAGUUCUGUUUGUUGGAGACGCUGGUGACAGCCAUUGUCGAUGAGAUUGGCACCGACUGGAUCAUCAGGAACAAGACUGUAGUUACAUUGUGUGUGGCUAUCGUUGGAUUCCUGCUGGGAGUUCCACUCACAACACAGGCAGGAAUCUACUGGUUGCUACUGAUGGAUAACUAUGCUGCUAGUUUCUCUCUGGUCAUCAUCUCCUGCAUCAUGUGUGUCUGCGUCAUGUAUGUUUAUGGUCACCGAAACUACUUUAAAGAUGUUGAGAUGAUGUUAGGUUUCCCUCCCCCGCUCUUCUUCAAAAUCUGCUGGAGGUUCAUCUCGCCCGUCAUUAUCUCUUUCAUCCUGAUCUUCACAGUGAUUCAGUACAAGCCUAUCACCUAUAAUGACUACGUGUAUCCCGGUUGGUCUCUGGCCAUUGGUUUCUCAAUGGCGCUGUCCUCAGUGGUGUGCAUACCCAUCUAUGCCUUCUACAAGAUCUCUAGGUCCCCGGGGGCCACCUUCAGAGAGCGAUUGAAGCACGCGUGCCAGGCACAUCCAAAGUGGGGCCCGGCCUUGCGGGAGCACCGCACGGGCCGCUACGCCCCCACCGCCUCUGAAGACAUUGCGGAGGCCCGUCCCUUCAAGGAGAAGGACGAGCUGAAGGAGGAGCUGCGAGAGGAGGACAACGAGAGGAAGGAUGACAUCAGCCUCACCAUCCCGGGAAGCAACGGCUCCACCAACACACACAACAACCCCAACCCGAGUGCAUAGAUGGCAUCACCCGCGACUGACACCCUUCCCCCCCCCUCCCUUCCUUCCUUCUCCACUCUCCGCAACACACUUUCCCACAGUCCUCUGUGGGGAAGAUCCCUUUUUGCUGGAGACCUUUACAUAUUGUAAAGGCGCAUUAUAUCAUAUUCUAACCUCUCCUCGCUACCUGCGUUUUAUCUUUAGGGAAAACGAAGGCACAAAAAAGAAAAAUGAAAAACAAUUGGGUCACUCUCCAAAUGUGUUAGUCUGUGUGUGUGGAUUGUAAAUGUGUUGCACAUAAUUUAAUAUGACUGUUUGUUUGGGGGUUUUUUUCCUUACAUUUGUUUGUAAAAAAAAGAAAAAAAACAUGUACCUGUAUAUGUCAUAUUCAUGCAAUUGAAAGCAUGGUAGAUUGUAAGACUGGUUGUGUUGGGCUCGCAGCAGCACAGAAAGAAACACAUGCCUGUCAUCUUAUUAUGGACCUGCUGAUUCCGAUUUCUACAGCUAGAGAGUCAAUCAUUGCAACCACUAAUUUACACUGGAGCAUUUAUGACACGCAUUUUACAGUGCAGUGACGUCACACUAAGUUGAUUUGAACGACGAGAGUCGUUGCCGUUUGUCUCCUUAGCGUGCUUCUUUUCAUGACGAUGAGACACAGAGUACAAACAAACAAAAUCUUCCGAGAUGGUAUUUGACCGAAAAGCUGCUGCUUGAAUUGAUUACAACACACAACGUACACAUACACGCGCACCCAUUGGAUGUGUCUGAGAACAGUAUUAGAAGUUUUAAAAAGUGGUUUCUGUCUGUUUGUCUUCCAGCAAUCCUUUUUGUGUGAAAUGCAAUUUUUGGAUGUGCAUGAGGGAGAAUCUUGAGCGGAGGUAGCCAGCGAGGGCAUCACUGGCUGAUAGCUCGUCUUAUUGUGUGUGGUUGUAGCAGUCCACCCUAUGCGGUGUGUUCUGUGUUCGGUUCUGCACAAGUUUAUCAUGUUCUGAUGUGAUCUUUCAAGCAAAAAAAAAAAAAAACAACAACAUUUAAACAAAUUGCAGCUUGUUUCCAGAACAGCACAGACCUUUAUCAUAACUGUGAAAUGUAGUCAUAUAGUUUUGUACUAGACGUAUCAUCAUUUAAUCAUCUCACUGUUGUCAUAGUGUAGUUUUUGUACAAAAAUAAAAACUUGAAUCAGAAUUUUAAAUAUUCAUGCUUACCCUUUCACUUAAAUGUCCUUUGGGACCUUUCGAGAGAGAAUAUAAGAGUAUUUUCAUCUUUGCUUUGUUUUGUUGACACCUGGAAGUUGACUACUUUCUUGAGUGUAUGGUAAUGAACUGCCGCACACCCAAUUUACCGAGCCAGAACACUGUAAUGAGAGGAUGUAUGUCCAUCGACACUAUUGUAUAGAAUAUAUUACAGUUAAAAAAAAAACUUGAGGAAUACAGGAGUGCAACCAUUUCAAUUGCUUAUGCAUGGACAUCGAGGAUGUCACUUGGAGUCCCCCAGAAAGCCAAACGAUUUCAGCACAUUUAUUGGACCCCUUCAGGCCUGCCAGACUUCCCACAGUGCAGUUACUCAAGAUGCCACAAGAUGGGCCUGUGUUGAAACUCACAGCAGUGAAAGCACAAUAAGUGUCCCAGUGGCCAGAGAGACUUUUCACAAAAUGUAAUGUGAAAGUGUUUCUUUCUGACACGGUUUUAUAAACUUGUUUUCACAAACCCAGACACUUACUGGAAAAUAGAAAUCAAUAGGCUAGGUUAUUCCUAUCAAUGUCAGAGGGAUGCCUUUACGUGCUUAAAGUCAACAUGUAGGAUGCAUUUUGUUUUAUUUUAAUUGAAUUCUUGAAAAAAACGGGGCUCGGUGGAACAUCUUUUGACGGAAACGUGUUACUUCCUCAAAGUGUAACGUCACCCCCAGCGUGUUCGGGUCACUCGGAGUUGAAAUUAUUUGGUCUUAAUAGGAGUAAUAACAUCAUGUUGUCAUGUUAGCUUGAUGAAGCGCAUCUCUGUUGGCCCACCACCACUUUUCUGACCUUUGUAUAGAAAUCUCCAAAUUAUAUAAAUGACUGCGCGUGUGUGAGGAGGGAGAGUAUGAGGUUCCUUUGGAUUUGUCAUUUCUCGGUGUUUAAUGUAGAUGUCCCGUGUGUUGUGUACUGCAUGUAGUGGAUUCGCUUUUACUGCUGAGUCUGCACGUAGAGCAGACAUGGUGUUCAUGUCAAUGUACUUCUAAUCUCGAGUCAUACCUGCUAAUUAUAUGGAGCCCAUCUUAUAAUACAAUUUUGUACUAAUAGAAGAGAAAGAAGGCGACCUAUUUUGUCUUAAGAUUUUAGUCAUUGUUUCUCCGUGUGCCGUGACGACGACUUUGUCACUUUUUAAAACGCAUAUUCUCAGACAACACAAGACCUAGUCAACUGAUAUUAUACGAGUAUUGCCAAACAAAAAGCUAUGGAUUGAAACUUGAACUACAGAAAAAUAAUACGCUUUUACAGUGAGCGAGCUUGGGAAUGGACAGUGUUUGCAGCGGCCACUAAUUGACAGACUAAUCCCAGACAUUUUAAAACCUGAGCAGAACAAACACCAAAUAAUAAUAAUGAUAUUGCCGUCAGAAAUAAUGAUGUGUUAAUUGAGGAAGAAUGAUUCCACAGAUUUCAGGACCCAUUUUUCAUUUCACAGUCUGUGGUCGAUUCUGCAUGGGGUAUCUAAAAUACGGCUCUGCACUGCAUAUUAGCUUUUGAUAUGAAAACAGAAAAAGCACACAGAGGUGCAAAAUGUUGAUAAUAUUGGGCAUAGUCCACUACCCUGUUUGCCUCUUGAAAUUACCACUGAUUCAUAUGUAUCUCAUGUAAUAUUUCUAAAACACUUUUUUUACAAGCAACUGGAGGAGAUAUGUUUGAUGAUGUAUGCACAACGUUCACGUUGGGAGGAGCGAUUCUCGUGUUCCUCCGAAAAUAAAUGGUCCACGUGUAGUUUGCAAACUUCUGUGUUGUUACCAUGCGUAAAAGAGGAAACGCACAGAUGAAAAGCACAGUUUUCUUCUAGUAUCUUCUGUCAUAUCUCUAUCUAACCGUCUGUUGUUCUUCUUCAACCUUUAGGGCCAAAAUACAUUGAAAUGUCUUAGUCCUGUCUACUGUAUAUUGUAAAACUGUUAAAUUACAUUGAUAAAUAAAAUUUAUUUUAAAGAUCA